AGACACUCGUAUUAGAACUAUUACUCCACCAUGGCUGAAGUCCCACCCGCCGUCGCUGUCCCGGCCAAAGCCGCUAAGAAGAAGCCCGCAGCCAAGCCGAAGAAAGCCGGCCCCAGUGUGAGCGACCAGAUUGUUCAAUUCGUGACCGCCUCAAAGGAGCGCAGCGGAGUUUCCCUCUCAUCGCUGAAGAAGUCUCUGGCUGCCGGCGGCUACGACGUGGAGAAGAACAAUAACCGCGUCAAAGUCGCGGUGAAGAAAUUGGUGGCCAACGGAACUCUGCUCCAGGCUACGGGAACCGGAGCGUCUGGUUCUUUCAAGAUCAGCAAGACCGAGGUCAAGAAGCCAGCCGCUAAGAAGGUUGCACUGAAAGUCAAGAAGCCCGCUGCUAAGAAACCCGCCGCCAAGAAAUCCCCGAAGAAGGUGGUGGCCAAGAAGACGGCAGCCGCCAAGAAGUCUCCGGUGAAGGCGAAGAAGCCCGCAGCGGCCAAGAAAGCCCUGAUCAAGAAGGCGGCCAAGAGCCCCAAGAAGGCAACGCCCAAGAAGGCCGCCAAGAAGCCCGUCGCCAAGAAGGCACCCGCGGCCAAGAAAGCUUCCCCGAAGAAGGUCGGCAGGCCCAAGGCGGCCAAGAAAGCCCCCGCUAAGAAGUAAACACUACACCCCCAAACCACAAAGGCUCUUUUAAGAGCCACAUACAUCUACCAAAGAGUGAUUCUGCUGUCUACCGACAUACCUCAAUGAAAUUUGUUUUGAGUUUCAUCUCAUCCGCUUAUCCGGGGUCGGGUCGCGGGGGGAGCGGCUCAAGCAGGGGGCCCCCGUCUUCCCUUUCCCGGGCCACAUUGACCAACUGACGGGGGGGUCCCGAGGCGUUCCCAGGCCAGUGUUGAGAUAUAAUCUCUCCACCUAGUCCUGGGUCUUCCCCGAGGUCUCCUCCCCCCACAGUGGGCAUCCUUACAUCCGUUCCUAGCGAACGGAAUACCGGCCCCGCUGCUCCGAUUCUCCGGCCAAUCUCACGCUCCAUAGUACAGCUGUUCGAAAAGAAAAAAAAAAUCCGUCGCAAAUAUGUUAGGGAACAUUAUUUAAUGUUGGAAUCAAAUCAACACAUUUAAACCACGUUGCUACAUACCGCAACUGAUUUGGACCAAAUAUAAGAUCAUUAGCCAUGGCGAAUUGGCGUUUGAAUUUUCCCGCCUAACCGUAUGGGCACAAUCAAGAAAUAUUGAUCAAAUUAAUUUUUAUAGUACAUUCGUUACAUAUUUAAUUUAUACUGUUCACUUUUGUUAUUCAAUAAAUGUUGACGAAAUA